AUGGCUCCCAGUAACACUCUCAUGAUCCGCAUGGAGGAGAAACCGCUGCCAAAAGAAAAGAAUAAACUGAGGAAGCCGGUGGUGGAGAAAAUGCGCCGCGACCGGAUUAACAGCAGCAUCGAGCAGCUGAAACUGCUCCUGGAGAAGGAGUUUCAGAGACACCAGCCCAACUCCAAGCUGGAGAAAGCCGACAUCCUGGAAGUGGCUGUCAGCUACCUGAAGCAGCAGAGCCAGCUGCAGGACCAAGGUGAGUCAUUCAUUCACAAGAGUCUGGAGCAGGACUUUAACAGCGGAUACCUGCGGUGCCUCAAGGAAGCGAUGCGUUUUCUGUCCUACUAUGAACCCAAGAAGGAAACCCAGGUGCAGCUAAUCAAGCACUUCUGCAAAGCUCAGAUGGGUGCAGAUGUCAUGUACUCUCCCGCUCUGCAGGAACUCCCGGCUCCCUUCUCCAUCCGCCCACCGGCCAGCUCUGAGCUGAAACCAACACUUGGGAUAAUGGCACCCAGUGCUCUCUCCCUGGAAAUCCUAACACCCAAGGAGAAGAACAGACUCAGGAAACCCAUCGUAGAGAAACUGCGCCGUGACCGGAUUAACAGCAGCAUCGAGCAGCUGAAACUGCUCCUGGAGAAGGAGUUUCAGAGACACCAGCCCAACUCCAAGCUGGAGAAAGCCGACAUCCUGGAGAUGACCGUCAGCUACCUGAAAUAUAGCCAAGCUUUUGCAGCGCCCGCCAAAAGCCUACAGCAGGAUUAUUGCGAAGGGUAUGCCUGGUGCCUCAAGGAAGCUCUGCAAUUCCUGUCUCUCCAUUCGGCAAACACAGAAACCCGGAUGAAGCUGAUCUGCCAUUUCCAGAGGUCACAAGCGGUGCCUAAGGACUUCAGUUCUUCUUCUGCACCCGCUUCCACCCACCAGCCCCCUGCGAAACAAGCGGCACUGAAACCCUCCUGCAGCCUCUGGAGGCCUUGGUAG